AUGAAAGAACUCCAUCUCCCCUCCUCCUCCUCCCCAUUCUCCACGGCCGCCUACGAGCUCGGGCGCCUCCUCGCACGGCACCUCGCUAAAGUCUACCUCGCCCGCAACCUCGCCUCCGGCGAGAACGUCGCCAUGAAAGUGGUGUGCAAGGAGAAGGUGAUCCGCGUGGGGAUGAUGGAGCAGGUUAAGCGCGAGAUCUCGGUGAUGAAGAUGGUGUCCCACCCCAACGUCGUCGAGCUCCACGAGGUCAUGGCGACCAAGUCCAAGAUCUACUUCGCCAUGGAGCUCGUCCGGGGCGGCGAGCUCUUCUCGAGGAUCCGCGGCGUGUACCACCGGGACCUGAAACCGGAGAAUUUACUGCUCGACGAGCAAGGCAAUCUGAAGGUUGCUGACUUCGGGCUCAGCUCGGUUGCCGGCCCCGAUGGAUUGCUGCAUACCACUUGUGGAACUCCGGCGUACGUCGCACCUGAGGUUAUCGCCAAGAAAGGGUACGACGGAGCGAAGGCCGAUCUGUGGUCUUGUGGAGUUAUUCUCUAUGUUCUUCUUGCUGGGUUCCUCCCAUUUCAGGACGACAACCUUAUGGCAAUGUAUCGAAAGAUCCACAAAGGGGACUUCAAUAUGCCCGCCGUGGUUCUCCUCGCGACGAUCGCGCGCCUCAAUGCACCGAAACUCCUCGGACGGCGGCGAAGCCCUAACCACCCGGAUGCCCCGGGGGGAGGGGAAGGGGAGCUGUCGUGGCGGCGGAGAUAUUCGCGGUGGCUGCGCGGGUCGGUUUCUGUUGUGGAGGUGAGGAAAGAGGGCUGGGAUAGCCUGGAGUACAGGAGCUUCUGCAGGGAUGAGCUCCGGCCGGCGUUGAAGGAUAUCGUGUGGGCUGCUGCCGCUUGAUUUGGUUGAUCCUCUCAAUAAUUGAGAGGUGGUGUAUUUGUGCGUGUGACUUUGUUCGUGCCGCAAUUGUUUGUUUGGAUUUUGGUGUGCGAAGCGUUGAAGGUGGUGGGGUCUGUUCUGUGGCGUCAUAUGUUAUUUUGUUGGUAUUACUAUUGCACUGCGCAUGUUUCCUGGCCGCAUGUAGAUGCGUAUUCAAUAACUUUUAAAUCCUUUUAAGAAACGAAAGUCUUAUUUGGACUA